UUUUUUGCAUCCUAUGGAAAAGUGUUUGCAGAAGAGAGUCGGGAAUGUCGGUGAUGAUCAGUCAAUGCGUGACGUGUGUCUCGUGAUCUGAUGGAUGCCCGUGUUCCGCGUCGUGACGACAGGAACGGCAGAAUGGAUGUGAAGCGGGUGAAAGGAGAGGGCGGCAAGAUGCCCGAUUCCAAGAGCUUUCCGACGUCGCGCACAUCCAGCGUCCCGCUCCGCCACUGGGCCGACUCGAACGCGAAACCCAAGAACGAGCUCUGCUACGUGGGCAACGUGGUGAAGCCGUUCCAACUGCCCAUGGUCGGCUCUUCCCGCGAAUUCUCCGUCCUCGACGAAGUCCGUGACGAAGACGUCUCCAAGCUCAGUUCCAAGGACUCUUCUUCCGGCUCGUCGUCGAGUUCUUCGACGUCCUCGGACUCCUCGUCGUCGUCGAGCAACGAGUCGUCGUCCGACUCGGACUCCGACGACGAGGACGAGUCCGUCGAAACCUGGCCCGUCAAAGAGGAAGAGGAGGAGGACGAAGAAGAGGAAGACAAGGAUCCUGAACCGGUGGUGAACGACGUCGUCGUAGGCCGUGCCUCUGCCACCACAAUCACCACCGCCGCCAGCAUCCCAGUGAAACACGAAAAAACCCGCGGGCCGCUCGGUGAAGUGCUCAACUACGCUGAAAAGUAUUCGUUGCUCGAGAAGGGCCAGAACGAAUUCGAGUUCCUGCCCUCUGGCUGGAUCAAGCUGAACCAUUCCUCGGGGCUGCCGGUGUUUUUGCAUCAGGAAUCUCGCGUUUGCACCUGGUCCCAGCCGUAUUUCAUUGGCAACGGCAGCGUGAGGCGACACGAGGUUCCUCUCAGCUCCAUUCCUUGCUUCAAGUACCUGCGGGAACAGGAGAAGGAGCAGUUUCGUGUGCCUCCGGGGAUCAUUGAUCUCACUGAUAAGAAGGUGCAUGCGGUCGAGCCAAAGGUCGAAGAGCCAGUCGUCGACGAGGUGUCGCCGCUUGUUGCUGUUGCUGCUCCCCUCUGCCCGGCCCAUGCCGCCGAGCCGGAACGAGAAGACGGCGAGGUAAUCGAUGACGUGCCUGAAGCUGCGGAAGCCUCGGAACCCGUGAGCAUCGCUGCGAGUCAUGCGGAACCCGGGAACCGAAUCGUGAUCCAGAACGCGCAGCUCAUCACGGCGGCCGAGUGCGAAAAGUCGGAGCUGCUGGGUGCCGAGGCCAUUCGCGAGUACGCCACUCGUCGGUUCACGCUCCACAAACGGUCGAUUGCCGUGUUCGAUUCCUGGCGGUCCCGGCGGGUGUACAAGAAGGUGAACAAUCGGACGUUGAACGGGCCGGAGGUGCCCAAGGACGCCAAGCUGAUCACGCUGCCGAUCCUGACGCCGGGCCUGGCCAAGAACGGCGACGGCAAAACGGGCCAGCGGAGACACCGCAUCUUCAACCCGGCCGGCAAGUCGUAUGUGUCCAUUUUGCACGAGGUGCUGUUUUUCAGCCAACAGAGUUACCCCGAGUACAAGUACCUGGAGUUGACGGACGCCGCGUCUCCGUAUGCCGCCACUGUCAUGAUCCAGGGUGUCGAGUACGGGACGGGUUACGGGUCCAGCAAGCGACUGGCCAAGGUGAACGCGGCCAAGGCGACCUUGGGGAUCCUCUUGCCGGACUGCAAGAAGGAGCUCAAGAUCGACGACGAGCCGGGCAAGUCGGAAGACGGCAGCGAGACGGUCAAGGACGACGACGCGACGGACGCCUCGGGCAAGAACUUCUUUGACUCGGUGGACAUUGAGGACUCGCGCGUGGCCAAGAUGUCCAACACGUUGGGCAAGCCGCCGCCGUUUCAGAUCCUGACGACGUGCAUCCAGCGGAACCACGGCCUAGGCGCCUUCAACGUGGAGACGAAGCUGGACAAGCAGCCGAACCGGAAGCUUAUUGAGUUCACCAUGAAGGUGGCGAAUCACGAAGUGACGGUCAAGUGCAAGAACAAGCGCGAGGGGAAGCAAGUGGCGUCGCAGAUGAUACUCAAGAAGCUGCAUCCCUUGUUGGGCUCGUGGGGGGCGUUGUUGAGGCUGUACGGGGUGUCGCCGUCGGAGGCGGCGCAGCGAAAGCACAAGCUGGCCCAGGAAGUGACCAAGUUGCAGCAGAAGCAGGCGGGACAGGCCAAAGGCCGGUCGAUGAACUUGGCGUUGCUGAAGAAGCUGCGAGAGGAGAUGGCGAAGCUGAAGGACUCGCGUUCCACGCUGGAGCCGAUCGGACGAAUCGGGUGA